AUGUCAAACCCUUCAAAGGACUUUGGCAGCAUCGCACAAGAAGAAGAUAUCUCAGAUAGCGAAAAUAGGGGAACUAAGAGUAAGAACAGCGACGCCAGUGAAGACCCGCCCCAGCUUAGUGUUAAACUACCCCGCAUGAGUGAUAUCCAGGUACCAACAAAGUUUCGGAAUCAUGCACGCCUUCCUGUCGACAUUUUGUUACUGACUGUAAAGGACUGUGAGUUCUCAGCUUGCUAUAUGCACCUGAACAAUCCAUUCAGAUGUUGGUUUGAUGGUGUUGGUUUUGUUUACCUCGAGGAUGAGAAUAAAGGCCAAGAGGAGAAAGUAAAAGUCGCUUUAUUGCGAUGUCAUGAAGGUUCUGGUGGUCCAGGAGGCUCCAUAGUAACUACAAAAAAUGCUGUCUCAAUGCUUAUGCCCAAAGCAGUGAUUUUAGUUGGAACCUGCAGUAGCCUUCGUCCUGAGGAAACCAAAUUGGGUGAUGUUGUAAUAUCUGCAAAGUUGACAACAUAUGGAUUGAAGGUAGUGACAAACGAAAGAGAGCUGCACAAUAAUAUAAGAACGUUUGCUAGUAAACGAUUUCUUGACCUCAUUAAGGAUGCAGCACUUGGAUGGGAGGCUCCUUUGAAGAACUCAGAAGAUCGAGAAGUCAAAAUUCACAGCAGCGGUGAGAUGUUGAGCAUUCCAGAAGUAAUCAAUGCAGAAUGGCGGCGUAAACAGCUGGCUGAAACCUUUCCUCAAGCAGUGGCCAUUGACUCUGAAGCCGAAGGUAAUGAAAUCCCAGUGGAAAUAGCCUGGGUCAGUCCCGUUAUUGGGGGUGUGGCGCAAAAGACGCCUUGAAUGAGCUAAAAAAAAUCGGCAAGCGAAGCGAGCCUAGCAUUGGACUGGAGAGGGGGGCGGCGGCGCCUAGCACUGCCAUUUUGUCCCCUUCCCAGGCUCCCGUUCGAAUUGCUUUGAUGGUCUUUGAUCGCCGAAUAUUUCAUUCUCUUUUCUCCCCAUUGUGGAAACUGGUCUCAGGCUAUGGGGAUCGGGAAAUACCGUCACAAAAUAGAGCUAAACAUCCCGGGGAGACCAAUCUGAGUGUGGUUCAGUUUUUAGUUGACCUCUGAAAGAGACAAUACUAAAACUGGCAACCAAUUCCUGCAACAGCUAUAGUGACUGAACGUUGUCUUUAACAUAGUGUGACGGCGUUUGGCUUCUUUCUCCAUAUCCCUUUAGCCGCUAUACUAAGCGAUUGGCGAUACCUGUAUGAGUAAAAAUACUCGUCUCUUUCAAAUGGGUUUUCUAACUGCUCGGGAAUAAAAUAAAAUUGAGCGUUUUUCCUCCAUUAAAAAGUAGUCGGAUCACUGCGUCGACACUCGUCGUAUGUAUAGUCCAAAGUGACCCUUGUAGCCUUUCACCAAGUGCUUAGAGAAGUACAGGUUAGAUAAACAUUGCGUUUUUGAAAUAACUUUUCCAAGGUAAUUGGGUUUUUAGGCUUUAUAAACGAUUGUAGAUGGUUUUCACAGUGAGGUCAUCAAAUUGUAAAGUCAAAAUAGCGACGUUUUACGCAUUCUUAUUUACACUAGGUUGAAGAAAAACAAAAAGUAAAUCUUUGUACAAGUUUCCAUUCCCGUAGCUUUUUUCAUUUCGAAAAUAAAGCAAUUUGAACUUCCGAGUUUUCAUAGUGCGUGACACCAAAAUCAUGAGGAAUGCUGUCUCGUUGAAAAAAAAGUCCUUUUGAUUUUCAGCAGAAUAACCAUUUCAAGUAUUAGAAGAUACGUUUAUACGCACGUAUGCUAGUUCUCGAGUGAGAAGAAAGAGCUUUAUAGAAAAAGUGAACUCCAGAUGUUUGUGUUGAUUUCCGGCGGCCAUAUAGGUGCACCAAAACGGGACACCAAUAUGGCUUCUCCAUACAAAGCUCUACAAAGAUGUGUGAAACGUUUCGUUAAAUAACUCAGAAACUGGGGGCCACAAAGACCUGAGGCUUGGACAAAUUGUUUAUAUAUUAGUCUUUUAUAACAUUUCAUUUUCUUGGCUUCUUCCACUGGACGGUUUCCAAUUUAAUUUUUUGUUGCGUGACAGUAAAAACUAUCUAUAAUGAUUUUAAUUCCCCAAUUUUUUAUUUUAAAUUAAAAUUAUUCAUUGAAGAUUAAGGGAAUUUCAUUAUAAAUAAAAACCUAUGGUUAAUCUGAUUUCGAGGACUAUAAUUACAAAAAAGAAAAUCAUUACUAUAAUUUUGUUAAUUUUUCGUGAGUAAAUUUUUUGUUGAUAAAACCAAGAUAUUGAUCGCAGAUUCAUACCUGUUUGUAAAAGUCUGAGAUGAGAACAGACACCGCCCAAAUUAUAUGUGAAGCGGCGCGGAUCGAUCUGUGAGUGUGGUUUCAGCGUCAGAAUGAUAUGUUUCUUCCAGGACAACUAUUCUUUAGCAUACCUUAUUGCAUCCCUUUGUCUCCAUCACAGUAGCCUUCGGUAUAGCGAUUUUGAUUUAGCGUUGAAGAGUAGCAAGCCAUACCUGUUACGAUUCACAAAGUUUUUCACUAAAUUUACGGGUUGUGAUAACGCACCUUUUUAAUUUGAUAUCCCGCCGCCCUACAAGUCUAUUUCUCAUUUAUAGAUGGCCUUAUUUAUGAGGGGUCUGUUUCUGUUGCAGGACUUUACACAGCUGCAUUUGACCUGCAAGUUGAAUGGCUUGUUGUAAAAGGAAUUGCUAAUUAUGCAGAUGGCAGCGUGAAAACAAAUGAAAAUUGGAGCAAAUUUGCGAGUGCUAAUGCUGCUUCUUUAGUUGCCAAAAUUUUGAAUGAUGCUGUUGUCUUCCAAAGAUGGCCUCACUAUCAAGGAAAUGAUGAUCAUGUUAACAAAGGUAGGUUCGUUUCACUAGUUAACAUAGAAAUUAGAAUGUACUAUUGUAUUGUGUUACUAGUUUUGUUAGUAUAGCUUACGAAAUAAAGUGUAAAAAGGUAUAAAUGAAAGGAUCCUCUGAUAUUUUUCUUAGUAUACCCUGAAGUUUAAUGCCCACUUAUAUAUGUUCAUACACUCUUAUAUUAUCUGUUUGCGAUGCUAUCUACUGACUGAGCAUUCCGGGCGGGAGGAGUACACCAUAUGUCAACGAUGUGUACCGCCCAAGGUCUUAUAAUAUUAAUAAUAAUAUUUAUUUACUUAUAUGGUACUAUAUCCAAAAGAAUGCCCCAUAGUGCUUCACAGAGAUAGACUAAAACCUCCCUUACAAUAUAAAAUGAUUUACAGAUUCUCUAACUAAGUAUUAAAAUGGCUAGAAAAACAAAAUUUACAACCAGUAUUAUUAAAAAAAAAACUAAGACUUAAACCUAGAGCUAGAAAAGGCCAGAAAAACAAAAAAAUUACAACUGUUUUAAAAUGAUUUAUACCCUGACCCUAUUUAACUGGAUGAGAAACACGAAAACUGAUACCCUUAUCAACGGGCCAAACCUGAAAAAUGACACCCAAUUUAAGGAGAAAACAAAACCUUACGGAAUUUAGCAGAAACACACAAAUCUUCCUGGCAUCGCUUCCCCAAUACUCUAAGGAACGUUUUAGCAGUUGAUUUGUUUCUCGUCAAGCUGGGCAUUUACGCACUUGAAAGUUAACUGAUAUAAUAACGCUACCCUAUCCGGCUAAGGAUCGCACCGCGAUUACAACGCUAGCAAGGCCAAAAAAUAAUGACACCCUGUCAAGGGCGGACACCCUAAAGAACCAUAUUCUAUAGGGCGGCACAUACCUAUCUAGCCCAUUAUAUCAAGCCCAUAUAUGGGACUCCCCCCCCCCACCCCUCAACCCCGUAUACAGAUCCCUCAAUUCAUGCAGUGUAAGCGUCACCAAACUUGACAAAACUACCAAAUUAAAUUUGAAACUCGAAAAAAGAAUCCCGCUUGAUUGAUACUCAGGAAUAUAGAUAAAUAAAGAAAGAUGUAACCUCUACUAGUCCAUGCUUCUGUUAACAGGUGUUUACGAAACCAAAACUUGCAAAGUUUUUAUUUAACGCAGUAGAAUGCAUAAACAAAACGAAACGGGUAGCCGUCGAGAAAAACUGAAGGUUGCCAAACAGAAUGUUUAGUUAAGGUACAAAAACCACUGCAAAAACCGUGUACGAACAACCUUGCUCAACGUCGGAUCCAAAAAGAUCGUGAUAAGUCAAAAUGUAUAAAAUUUUAAACGUUACAGUCAAGAAGACUUUUGCAGGGACUGAUCAAACAACGUGAAAUAGAGUUAAGUUGCGAUAUUUCGACUGGCCAAUACCAGUCUUCAUCAGGUUUAUUGAGAUAUCACGAAUUUACAGAAAUAUAUAUGAAGUAAAAUAAUGACCGGAAAUUACAUAAUAUGACGUGGUAUGGUGUGGCUACUUAAAAAGACAAGAUAACAAAAAAAUAAAAGAUAUACUAUAUAUAGUUACAGUUCAUCACGUUUAUUGAUUUUCGCUUAUAGUUUACUUCAGUUCUUAAAAAUACGAUCCAUAUAUUAUUGCUGUUACAGGUGUGAGACCAUCGCUAUCUUUACCUUCCCUUCCUGCAAUGGUUUCUAAUUUUACUGGACGUCAAAGCGAAUGUGAGGAGAUUACUGGUCACGUGACUUCUAAAUCUACCCGGCUCGUAUCUAUCUGGGGUUCACCUGGAUUCGGAAAAACAUCGAUUGCGAUUGCGGUGGGACACGAUCUUCAGUCUAAAGGAAUGCCGGUCUGUUGGCUUUCAUUACGUGAACUGAAGUCCAAAACAGAUCUCGUUUCAAAGCUUCUAAGCUUUGUUAAGCCAUCGGUCAGAAAUGACCAUCCAUCCUUUUCGCAUCCAUCCCUUGAAGAUCAGCUUUGUCUUCUUUUAAGCGAAAUUUCCGAUCGAUCUAUUUUUAUUCUUGAUAAUGCUGAUAAUUUAUUAGAAGAUGGCGAGCCAGGCGUGAAGAAAGAGGUCAUAGAACUUUUGAAAGAAAUUCUCAGGCGAAGUGAGGCGACCAUAUUUGCUUUAACAACGAGAGAAUCGCUAGGUUUUCUGAAUGUGGAUUUGCAAGGUCACCAGAGUGUAAGGAUUAGACCAUUGGAUGAAGACUCUGCAAAGACUUUAGUAAAAGCCCUUCUUCCAACAGCAACUUCUUCAGAUUGUACACGAAUCUUGCAAAUCUGUGGAUUUGUACCCUUUGCAAUAAAGUUAUUGUGUUCCUCAAUUUCUGAAGGUGGGGCUCAACCAAGCCAAUAUCUCGAUGAAUUCAUACAGUUCGCCUCCACAGCGAGUAUCGCCGAGAUGUUAGACAGGCCAGAUUACCCAGACGAGUACAGAUUACAGUCUCUUUUUGAGUUAUCUUUUGAGAGGCUCACUGCACAGGAGAAAAAAGCACUAGUGUCAUUGAGUAUUCUUCCAGAGAAUUUUGGUACGGAGGUCGCUGCUGUUGUUUUAGACGAAAAAAAUCUUCAGGCCAAGAAGUUAUUGCACGGCCUUCGGAGGAAGUCCCUUCUUGAUAUAGAUAUGAAACAACAGGUAUUUACGAUGCACAAGCUGCUACAAUCAUUUGCAAGAGAAAAAGGAGGAAAUGAAAUGAAAGACACGGUCCUUAAAUCAAAGGACAGAUUGAACGCGUUUUACGUGUCACUUUUUCAGAAGCUAAAUGAGCAGUUUCUGACUGGUCAUUCAAUGAUGGCGUUUCUUAAAUUCUAUGAAGAUGAGCAAAGUAUUAUUCAAAGCCUUUUAAAUAGGCUUGCGAAUGCGAAGACAGCUAGCACUGUUUUUGAUGUGUUAUCUAAGGGAGAGUUGUUUCUUGCUACUCUUUUUUUUAAUGAAGCAUCAACCUUUAACAAGAUAUACGAUUCAGCAAUUGAGGCUACGAAGAGAUUUGAGGACAACGAGUCUUACAGUCGAUUACUUGUUUCAAAGGCGUUUGGAGAAGUAUGUUGGGGUGCAAGGGGAAAUACGGUGCAGUUGCUUUGUAGAGCAAAGGAAGCUGAAGCUGAAGCACUGCCUUCAAUUUCUUUGUCACAACUACAAGGAAAACGUCUGUGUUAUUUAGGUAUCAACCAGCUUGUUAACGGCAAUACGGAAGAUGGAAUUCGGAAUUUGCAAGACGCACUUCAGAUGUUUGAUGGAAGUCCAGAUCAGAAAAGUCUUACGCUCAUUACUCUACAAAUUCUUGCAAUAUUUUCCCCAUUUCAAAAGACUUCGACGGAAUUAAAUCAAUUACCUUGCAAUGCAGCGGAAGAUACAGAACAACUGCCGUUGUUAUCUUUAAAACAAGGGGAAGGAAGGAAACUUAGCAAUGUGACAGAAAAUCAAAGAGGUGUUAUCGACGUUUCUGACAACCCUUUAAAACUGGAAAUGAUUUUUAUCGUAAGCCACACCAUGCAGAAUUUCUUUGAUGCUGACACUAAACAACAGUUCACAAAUAUUUUACAUGACAUGCUGAGCGAGAUCGAAAGAGAGGAGCACAUCUCUGUAGGUGUCUGUAAAUUUCAUAGGCAGCUUCUGUCUGUUUUAGAUAAAAUGGAAGAUACCACAUUACAAUGUGAAAUGAGAAUUAGUUUCCAUCAAAAAGCUCUGGAUCGGUGUAGUGAAAAAACACUCUCGUACCAGGUACACAAGGAAGCACUUGCAGCGUACUACGAAGACCUUGCAAAAACUUAUCAUUCACUUGGAAACUUCAACGCAGCACUAGAUUCUUAUCAGCAUGCACUUGAUAUCCGCCUUAAACUGUUUGGAGAAGAACACGUACUCACUGCUAAUAGUUAUCAUAACCUUCGCACCACUCAACACUCACUUGGAAACUUCACCGCAGCAAUAGAUUCUGCACAACAUGCACUUGACAUCCGCCUUAAACUGUUUGGAGAAGACCACGCAAGCACUGCUGAUAGUUAUCAUAACCUUGCAGAUACUCAACAUUCUCUUGGAAACUUCAACGCAGCACUAGAUUCUGAACAGCAUGCACUUGAUAUCCGCCUUAAACUGUUUGGAGAAGAACACGCAGACACUGUUGAUAGUUAUUCUAGCCUUGGCAUCACUCAACAUUCACUUGGAAACUUCAACGCAGCACUAGAUUCUGCACAGCAUGCACUUGACAUCCGCCUUAAACUGUUUGGAGAAGAACACGCAAGCACUGCUGAUAGUUAUCAUAACCUUAGCCCCACUCAUCAUUCACUUCGAAACUUCACCGCAGCAGUAGAUUCUGCACAGCAUGCACUUAACAUCCGCCUUAAACUGUUUGGAGAAGAACACGUAGUCACUGCUGAUAGUUAUCAUAGCCUUGGCAUCACUCAACAUUCACUUGGAAACUUCAGCGCAGCACUAGAUUCUGCACAGCAUGCACUUGACAUCCGCCUUAAACUGUUUGGAGAAGAACACGCAAGCACUGCUAAUAGUUAUCAUAACCUUGGAGCUACUCAACAUUCUCUUGGAAACUUCAACGCAGCACUAGAUUCUGAACAGCAUGCACUUGACAUCCGCCUUAAACUGUUUGGAGAAGAACACGCAGACACUGUUAAUAGUUAUUAUAGCCUUGGCAUCACUCAACAUUCACUUGGAAACUUCAACGCAGCACUAGAUUCUAAACAGCAUGCACUUGACAUCCGCCUUAAACUGUUUGGAGAAGAACACGCAGACACUGUUAAUAGUUAUUAUAGCCUUGGCAUCACUCAACAUUCACUUGGAAACUUCAACGCAGCACUAGAUUCUGCACAGCAUGCACUUGACAUCCGCCUUAAACUGUUUGGAGAAGAACACGCAAGCACUGCUGAUAGUUAUCAUAACCUUGCAGAUACUCAACAUUCUCUUGAAAACUUCAACGCAGCACUACAUUCUGCACAGCAUGCACUUAACAUCCGCCUUAAACUGUUUGGAGAAGAACACGUAGUCACUGCUGAUAGUUAUCAUAGCCUUGGCAUCACUCAACAUUCACUUGGAAACUUCAGCGCAGCACUAGAUUCUGCACAGCAUGCACUUGACAUCCGCCUUAAACUGUUUGGAGAAGAACACGCAAGCACUGCUGAUAGUUAUCAUAACCUUGGAGCUACUCAACAUUCUCUUGGAAACUUCAACGCAGCACUAGAUUCUAAACAGCAUGCACUUGACAUCCGCCUUAAACUGUUUGGCGAAGAACACGCAGACACUGUUAAUAGUUAUUAUAGCCUUGGCAUCACUCAACAUUCACUUGGAAACUUCAACGCAGCACUAGAUUCUAAACAGCAUGCACUUGACAUCCGCCUUAAACUGUUUGGCGAAGAACACGCAGACACUGUUAAUAGUUAUUAUAGCCUUGGCAUCACUCAACAUUCACUUGGAAACUUCAACGCAGCACUAGAUUCUGCACAGCAUGAACUUGACAUCCGCCUUAAACUGUUUGGAGAAGACCACGCAAGCACUGCUGAUAGUUAUCAUAACCUUGCAGAUACUCAACAUUCUCUUGGAAACUUCAACGCAGCACUAGAUUCUGAACAGCAUGCACUUGACAUCCGCCUUAAACUGUUUGGAGAAGAACACGCAGACACUGCUAAUAGUUAUUAUAGCCUUGGCAUCACUCAACAUUUACUUGGAAACUUCAACGCAGCACUAGAUUCUGCACAGCAUGCACUUGACAUCCGCCUUAAACUGUUUGGAGAAGAACACGCAGACACUGCUAAUAGUUAUCAUAACCUUGGAACCACUCAACAUUCACUUGAAAACUUCAACGCAGCACUAGAUUCUGCACAGCAUGCACUUGACAUCCGCCUAAAACUGUUCGGAGAAGAACACGUAGUCACUGCUGAUAGUUAUCAUAACCUUAGCACCACUCAACAUUCACUUCGAAACUUCAACGCAGCGCUAGAUUCUGCAAAGCAUGCACUUAACAUCCGCCUUAAACGGUUUGGAGAAGAACACGUAGUCAGUGCUGAUAGUUAUCAUAGCCUUGGCAUCACUCAACAUUUACUUGGAAACUUCAACGCAGCGCUAGAUUCUGCAAAGCAUGCACUUAACAUCCGCCUUAAACUGUUUGGAGAAGAACACGUAGUCAGUGCUGAUAGUUAUCAUAGCCUUGGCAUCACUCAACAUUCACUUGGAAACUUCAACGCAGCACUAGAUUCUGCACAGCAUGCACUUGACAUCCGCCUUAAACUGUUUGGAGAAGAACACGCAAGCACUGCUGAUAGUUAUCAUAACCUUGGAACCACUCAACAUUCACUUGGAAACUUCAGCGCAGCACUAGAUUCUGCACAGCAUGCACUUGACAUCCGCCUUAAACUGUUUGGAGAAGAACACGCAAGCACUGCUAAUAGUUAUCAUAACCUUGGCACCACUCAACAUUCACUUGGAAACUUCAACGCAGCACUAGAUUCUACACAGCAUGCACUUGACAUCCGCCUUAAACUGUUUGGAGAAGACCACUCAGCCACUGCUGAUAGUUAUCUCACACUUGGCACCACUCAGCAUUUACUUGAAAACUUCAACGCAGCACUAGAUUCUUCACAGCAUGCACUUGACAUCAGCCUUAAACUGUUUGGAGAUGAACACGCAGGCACUGCUGAUAGUUAUCAUAACCUUGGAACCACUCAACAUUCACUUGAAAACUUCAACGCAGCACUAGAUUCUGCACAGCAUGCACUUGACAUCCGCCUAAAACUGUUCGGAGAAGAACACGUAGUCACUGCUGAUAGUUAUCAUAACCUUAGCACCACUCAACAGUCACUUCGAAACUUCACCGCAGCACUAGAUUCUGCAAAGCAUGCACUUAACAUCCGCCUUAAACUGUUUGGAGAAGAACAGAAGUGACUGCUGAUAGUUAUCAUAGUCUUGGCAUCACUCAACAUUCACUUGAAAACUUCAACGCAGCACUAGAUUCUAAACAGCAUGCACUUGACAUCCGCCUUAAACUGUUUGGAGAAGAACACGCAGACACUGUUGAUAGUUAUUAUAGCCUUGGCCUCACUCAACAUUCACUUGGAAACUUCAAACAGCACUAGAUUCUGCACAUCAUGCACUUGACAUCCGCCUUAAACUGUUUGGAGAAGAACACGCAAGCACUGCUGAUAGUUAUCAUAACCUUGGAGCUACUCAACAUUCUCUUGGAAACUUCAACGCAGCACUAGAUUCUGAACAGCAUGCACUUGACAUCCACCUUAAACUGUUUGGAGAAGAACAUGUAGUCACUGCUGAUAGUUAUCAUAGCCUUGGCAUCGCUCAACAUUUACUUGGAAAGUUCAACGCAGCACUAGAUUCUGAACAGCAUGCACUUGACAUCCGCCUUAAACUGUUUGGAGAAGAACACGCAAGCACUGCUGAUAGUAAUCAUAACCUUGGAACCACUCAACAUUCACUUGGAAACUUCAACGCAGCACUAGAUUCUGCACAGCAUGCACUUGACAUCCGCCUUAAACUGUUUGGAGAAGAACACGCAAGCACUGCUGAUAGUUAUCAUAACCUUGGAACCACUCAACAUUCACUUGGAAACUUCAACGCAGCACUAGAUUCUGCACAGCAUGCACUUGACAUCCGCCUUAAAAUGUUUGGAGAAGAACACGCAAGCACUGCUGAUAGUUAUCAUAACCUUGGCAUCACUCAACAUUCACUUGGAAACUUCAACGCAGCACUAGAUUCUGCACAGCAUGCACUUGACAUCCGCCUUAAACUGUUUGGAGAAGAACACGCAAGCACUGCUGACAGUUAUCAUAACCUUAGCACCACUCAACAUUCACUUCGAAACUUCACCGCAGCACUAGAUUCUGCACAGCAUGCACUUGACAUCCGCCUUAAACUGUUCGGAGAAGAACACGGAGUCACUGCUAAUAGUUAUCAUAACCUUAGCACCACUCAACAUUCACUUCGAAACUUCACCGCAGCACUAGAUUCUGCAAAGCAUGCACUUAACAUCCGCCUUAAACUGUUUGGAGAAGAACACGUAGUCACUGCUGAUAGUUAUUAUAGUCUUGGCAUCCUUCAAUAUUCACUUGGAAACUUCAACGCAGCACUAGAUUCUGCACAGCAUGCACUUGACAUCCGCCUUAAACUGUUCGGAGAAGAACACGGAGUCACUGCUAAUAGUUAUCAUAACCUUAGCACCACUCAACAUUCACUUCGAAACUUCACCGCAGCACUAGAUUCUGCAAAGCAUGCACUUAACAUCCGCCUUAAACUGUUUGGAGAAGAACACGCAAGCACUGGUGAUAGUUAUCAUAACCUUGGAGCUACUCAACAUUCUCUUGGAAACUUCAACGCAGCACUAGAUUCUGCAGAGCAUGCACUUGACAUCCACCUUAAACUGUUUGGAGAAGAACACGUAGUCACUGCUGAUAGUUAUCAUAGCCUUGGCAUCACUCAACAUUUACUUGGAAACUUCAUCGCAGCACUAGAUUCUAAACAGCAUGCACUUGACAUCCGCCUUAAACUGUUUGGAGAAGAACACGCAGACACUGUUAAUAGUUAUUAUAGCCUUGGCAUCACUCAACAUUCACUUGGAAACUUCAACGCAGCACUAGAUUCUGCACAGCAUGCACUUGACAUCCGCCUUAAACUGUUUGGAGAGGAACACGUAGUCACUGCUGAUAGUUAUCAUAGCCUUGGCAUCACUCAACAUUCACUUCGAAACUUCACCGCAGCACUAGAUUCUGCAAAGCAUGCACUUAACAUCCGCCUUAAACUGUUUGGAGAAGAACACGUAGUCAGUGCUGAUAGUUAUCAUAGCCUUGGCAUCACUCAACAUUCACUUGGAAACUUCAACGCAGCGCUAGAUUCUGCACAGCAUGCACUUGACAUCCGCCUUAAACUGUUUGGAGAGGAACACGUAGUCACUGCUGAUAGUUAUCAUAGCCUUGGCAUCACUCAACAUUCACUUGGAAACUUCAGCGCAGCACCAGAUUCUGCACAGCAUGCACUUGACAUCCGCCUUAAACUGUUUGGAGAAGAACACGUAGUCACUGCUGAUAGUUAUCAUAGCCUUGGCAUCACUCAACAUUUACUUGGAAACUUCAACGCAGCACUAGAUUCUAAACAGCAUGCACUUGACAUCCGCCUUAAACUGUUUGGAGAAGAACACGCAGACACUGUUGAUAGUUAUUAUAGCCUUGGCCUCAAUAAACAUUCACUUGGAAACUUCAAACAUCACUAG